AUGGCUUCUCUUUUCUUAGCCUUUUGCUUUAAUGCUCCUAAAAGGCUAGAGAAAGAGCUGAGCCCAAAGCAUUCAGCAACGAAGAUUGACAUUCGUAAUAGUGGCGAUAACAGCGGCAAUAACAACUCUAACGAAGAAACUGCAGUAGUAACCUUUCAUCCUGAACAUUGCUCUAAUGAUACUGAUGUCAUGGAUCAUCUUUUAACUGAGGCUGCAGUCCGCCACAAUCGUCUUAAAUUGCCAUCUAGACCAGUUAUUGUACGAAUCGAAAUGUGGAUUCAAGAAGUAACGUAUGUUUCCGAGCUAACUGAGGAUUUUGAAAUUGAUUUGUAUGUGAAUGAAUUUUGGGAAGAUCCUGCACUUAACUACGAAGUGCUCCUCCCAUGUAACCGCAACUUAAGCUUUGAUCACAGCAUUCAGGAAAGUAUUUGGAUUCCUAACACUUGUUUCAUCAACUCGAAAAAAGCACUUAUUCAUAGCUCGCCAUUCCGGAAUGUUUUUUUUAUGGUCUUUCCAAAUGGCUCGAUAUGGUCAUGUUGGCGCAUCAAGAGCACGGGCCCAUGUCAUAUAAAUCUGCGUAACUUUCCAAUGGAUUCUAUAUCGUGUUUGCUGACAUUUGAAUCCUAUAAUUACAACAUUCAGGAAGUACGAAUGAAAUGGAACGAACCUCAUGAUGUGUUAAUGUUUAAGGAUAUUGAAUUACCAGAUUUCACUUUGGUCAACUAUACAACUUCUAUCAUUGAAGCUGAGUAUGCAGCAGGCUUAUGGGACGAACUUACUGUUUCAUUCACGUUCAAAAGGAGAUAUGGAUGGUACAUUUUGCAAGGAUAUAUUCCAACAUAUUUAACAAUAUUUAUCUCAUGGAUACCGUUUUAUAUGAGUCCACGAGCAAUGCCAGCUCGAACUAUGAUUGGUGUAAAUUCUCUCCUUGCAAUGACAUUUCAAUUUGGAAACAUUAUACGAAAUUUGCCACGAGUAUCAUACAUUAAGGCAAUUGAUGUGUGGGUUCUAAGUGGAAUGACUUUUAUAUUCGCGUCGUUGAUUGAGCUUGCGAUGGUUGGUUUUAUGAAUCGGUAUGAGGGUCGAACAGAUACAAAACCAAAUGAUAUACGGAAAAAGAGAAAAACGUCCAUUCUCGAUAGUGAAAAACUAGAUCUAUAUUCAAGAGCAAGUUUUCCUCUGGUAUAUGCAACGUUCAACAUGAUAUAUUGGGGUUAUUAUAUGAAUGGAUUAAUUCUACAAUAA